AAGGAGAUGCGGGUUGCACAUGUUCCCGGAAGUGGGGCAGUGUUAGUUGUAGAAUCAGCUGACAGCACAGCAGGGUCGGUGUUAUCAUGAUGGCCGCUCUCCGGGGUUUGGGGGUCCCGGGAUAUGCGGCGGUGAUUUACCUGCUGCUCGCAUCAGUGCUGGCCUUGGAUGAACAGAAUUCGGAGGACAUUCGCUGUAAAUGUAUCUGCCCCCCCUAUAAAGACAAGCCCGGGAACAUAUUUAUCAGGAACGUGACACAGAAGGACUGCGACUGCCUCCAUGUGGUCAACCCCAUGCCAGUGCCGGGGGCGGAUGUGGAAGCUUACUGCCUGCGCUGCGAGUGCAAGUACGAAGAGAGGAGCUCGGUCACCAUCAAGGUGACCAUCAUCAUCUACCUCUCCAUCCUGGGCCUUCUCCUCCUGUAUAUGGUGUACUUGACGCUGGUGGAGCCCAUGCUCAAGAGGCGUCUCUUCGGCCACUCGCAGCUCAUACAGAAUGACGAUGAUGUUGGGCAGGAUCAGCAGCCUUUCGCCAACGCCCAUGAAGUGCUGGCACGUUCCAGGAGCCGCGCCAAUGUAUUAAACAAAGUGGAGUACGCCCAGCAGCGCUGGAAGCUACAGGUGCAAGAACAGCGCAAGUCCGUCUUUGACCGCCACGUUGUACUGAGCUAAGCGGAGAGGCGGCAGCUGGUAGAGGAAGGCUCAGUACUUAAGAUGCUGACAUCUCUCCAAGGAACCCGUGUUAAACGCUGAUUCACGGGUGAUGAGGAGCUGGAUGCUCCUAAGAAAAUGAUUAAUAUAUUAUUUUCUCCCCACUGCGGAUGUUAUCCUGUGUAUAUAGUUCCUGUGUUGAUUUUUUUUUUGUAUCGCAGUCUUAUUUCACGUGAUUCCUAUAUCUUAAUUAAUUAACAAAGUUUAAUUGAAGGACCUCAAUAUCUUUUUGCUGAUCUGUCUGCUGGCUGUGAUUGGACUGUCCGGCUGUUGCCUGCGGAUUCCCUGCAUGACUGAUCCUUUCUUGUUACUUAAAGGCGUUGCGCUGGUCACUGAGAUAGUGUUAUAGGACUGGACACCGGGCUCGGGUCUGCUUCUGUAAUAAAAGCCACUGUCCCCGGAGUACAACAAAGUCUGUAACGGUGUCAUUGCUAGCGCUGCAUCCCAUAAUAGGGAUUAUGGAAUGUUGUAACCCACGGCAACGGGCAACACUGGGAUUUAAAUGCUGUCCCUAGUACUAGAGGCCAAAAUAGUGAUGGCCCUGUCACCAGUUUUAACUCUAUAAAGCAGUGUAAGUGGUUACAGUAUUGCUGAUGGACGCGUGUAUCCGUGCAUAAAUAUAAUAUAUUUUUUAUGUUCCCCCAUCUGUAAAUUAUAAGGUUGUCUCUGAGAUCUUAUAACAGACAAGCCCCAGGCUGAGGUGUAAUAUACAGAUCAGUGGCCGCGGUCUUUUUUCCAGUCGGCGGUUGUAUAAUGUAAUGUAUUUCUGUUAUGAAGCACUGAGUAUCCUGGUAUUAAUAACUGGAGUUUAUAAAUAUAUUAAUGUAGUUUGUAUAUUAUAUAAAACAUCUCUGCCAGGCACUCUAUUCUCUGGCUGUCAAAUCCUGAGAGGACGAAAGGAUUGAUGUCUUGUAUAUAAUCCAUAGAGAAAGUCUGGCCACGCGUCCGCUCCACACAAAUCACGCCCAACCUGCCCAGGCCACACCCACUUCAUAAGGUCACACCCAUCUCCCCGCUUCUGAGAUCAGAUCUGCUGGUUGGGGAGGGAUCCUAUGUGUAGAGCCCUCUGUAAUGGAGGGAGCUACGGGAGGACCUGUAUAAAUCACAAUUCUGAUUAUGUAGACCAGUGAUUGGGGAACCUUUGGCACUCCAGCUGUUGUUGAACUACACAUCCCAACAUGCCUUGCUACAGUUUUGCUAUUUGACCAUGAUAAAAAUGCAGCAGGGCAUGCUGGGAUGUGUAGUUCAAUAACAGCUGCUGAAGUGCCAAAGGUUCCCUAUCACUGAUGUAGACAGACACCAGCACCUACUGUAUGUGGAUGAGUCUGGUUGCUGUAGAGAGUGUGCUGUGAUAGCAGAGGAUGUCCGUCUCACUGCGUAUAGCACCUGCCAUUUCCCCGCUCUCCUUCCACAGAUGCUGUUUGUAGAUGACGUUUUAGCUGUUGAGAAUUUUGUAUAUAAGACUGAAUAAAAACUGAUGAACUGUG